AGACGCCGGUCGCUGAGCUCUCAGAACGAAGCUUAGAUCUCGCACCGCACUGCUCUCCUCUCGACAACCGGCUGACCUGUUCCAUUCGUUUGCGGCACCAUGUCAAACAUCCGUAGGUCAGGCUAUUCCUUCAGUAGCACCAGCAGCAUCGGUGGAGGUUCGGGGCGCUUGGUUGGCAAAUCUUUGCAGCGCCCGACCUUCACUAGUCUGUCGAUGCAGAGCUACGGCUCCCGGCCACAAGCCAGCAUCUCCUCGCUGAGCUAUCGGCGAGGGAUUUCUGGCCUGGGUUCCGCAGCUGGGAUCGGCUCAGGUCUUAGUUCCAGCUCGUUCUCCAUCGUGUCUGGUGGCGGUGUGAUCAACAAUGAGAAAAAUACCAUGCAGAACCUCAACGACCGUCUCAGCAAGUACCUGGAGAAGGUCCGCUCGCUGGAAGUGUCCAACAAGGAACUAGAGAUGCAAAUUCGGGAGUUCUCUUCCGCCAAAACCAUCGAAGGAUUCGACUGGUCCGUUUACAACAGCACAGUCAGGCCUCUACAACAAAAGAUUGUUAAUGCCAUUAUGGACAAUGCUCGUAUCGCCCUGGAGACUGACAAUGCCAAGCUGGCUGCUGAAGACUUCAGAAACAAGUGGCAGACAGAACUGAUGCUGAGGCAGUCCGUGGAGAAUGAUAUUGAUGGGCUUCACCAGCUGAAGGAUACCUACCUGCAGCUACAAGGCAACCUGAAUAGUGAAAUCAGUGGGCUGGAGGACGAGAUUUCCUUCCUGAAGAAGAAUCACGAUGAGGAACUGAAGAUGUUGCGGCAGCAGAAGACCCAAGAGGUGCAGGUUGAGGUGGACUCAGCUCCAACCCCUGAUCUGAAUGCAGUCCUAGCAGAACUCAGGGAGAAGUACACUGUUCUUGCUGAUCAGAACCAAGCAGAGAUGGAUAAGUGGUACAAGGAACAGCUGUCAAUUAAAGAAGUAGAGAUCGCUCAGAAUGACCAGGCUAUCUCCGGUGCUAAAGCCGAGCUGUCUCAGUAUCGUCACCAAUUGCAGGGUCUUGAAGCUGAAUAUAACGGCUUACUUGGAAAUGUGAACGCACUGAACAACACUCUGGAUGAAACAGAGGCAUCGUAUGCCAGGGACCUUCAGAAUUUACAGCUCAGAAUCAGACAGCUGGAGGGUGAACUAGCAAGUGUCAGGAAUGAACUGGUGCGCCACAACAACGAAUACGAUAGGCUCCUUAACAUCAAGAUGAAGCUGGAAGCUGAGAUCAACCAGUACAAAGUUCUCCUGGCAGGUGGUAAUCAAAGCUUGACUUCUGGAAGCUCCUCAUCAAAAGUUUCACAAUCCUACUCCAGCACGAGUCCAGCCUCCUCUGUGAGCACAACCAAAGUUGUCACAGAACGUGUGACGACUCGGUACUGAAGAGAAAGACUGGCUCCAGGGUUCUCUCCCGAGGUCUGCCCUGGGACCCUGAACCAGUGACCCACACCUCCACUUGCUGCUGGGUCUUCUGUUGGAAUCUCUGGGAUGUGUGUUCUCUCGCCAUGAGCUCCCCCUCUUCACGGCCUCUGCCCUUCGCUCUUCAUGUCCUGAUGCUCCCGUUGACUGUGGAAUGAUUCUUCAGCCACUCCCUUGCGACCGAAUCGCACCACUUCAGAAUGAAACACUCGGGUUGCCAUGGAGACUCCCAUCAGCUGCUCCACCUUCAGCUGAUGCUUGUUACUUUAAUGCCCACAACCCUACACACACCAGCACCCUCUCCACCAACCAUGGUGGGUGCCAGUCCUUACAAUGAGUGUCGACCCUUGUCCUGGGUGCUGGCCCCAGUGCUGGUGAUAACCGGUCAGACCAUCAUCACCCUUGGGGUCAAACCACAGCCCAGACAGCUGGUCUGAUCCACCACCUCACUGCUGGACCAACGUCCACAGCCAUGGGGUCUCAAUGGGUCCCAGAGUCACUCGUCAUGGGGAUGGGCUUCAUGUCAGUGGGUGCCAGGACUUCCUUUCUGGAACCAGCUCUGGUGGGAGCCUCAAGAAGCUCUAAUGUUCUUCAUCUUUGUGCAUGCUUGCUUUCUGUUCAAAGCCAUCCAAUAAAUACUUUUUCUCAGCCCA